AUAGAACCAACCAUCACUCACGAUAUUUUUCUAACGACUAACGCGACUCGACUCGACUCGACCCUGUUUCAGAUCCGUUACGAGCCACGUUCUUGACUUAAUACGCUAGCAACUAUUUCGAAUUUCUAAUCAGCUGAACUUAAACAUCCGCCCAUUCUGGCUGGGAUACUCUGGAAGGGUUCGCCGGACGCUCAGAAACAGAGCUCCUCGCGGCCGAAGAAUACCAUGACUCAACCAUCUACACAACCUCAGCUUACUCCACAGUUCUGUUUCUCGUAUGGCACUUUGCGAGACUUUCUUCGACUUUCAAGAUCUUCCAUCGAUGAUUCAAUCACACAGAAUCUGAAUGCGCUUGUGACGCCGUCUCGAUCCGGAUUUGACCCCUCGUCCACCUCGCAACGCGUACCAAGGCCAACUUCAAAACAGAUUGACCCUCAGUCAUGCUUAGAUUUCAAGGAGAGAGUGCUAUUUCCUUCAUGGGAGACCCGGACUGAAGUAUUAAAUUACUGCGCUCUUGUAGCGGCAAGCCCGGACCCUGAUGACCCGGACCGAACCAUCAGGGAACUAGAGAAAGAACAAGACCGCGAUAGAACAGUCGAUGAACGAUUAGAUCCGUAUUCAGGUAGAUUCUUCCCACGUGAAGCACGUACCGAGCGCCUAGCUUCGCUUGUAAGACAAGAGAGGGGCGUAGAGGGUAUCGUACGACAUAGAACGUGGGAGGUCGUACAGCAACGAUGCGGAGGCGACCCUUUUGAAAGCUGGGAGGACACAAUCAUCAAAUGGAGGAAGGCCCAAAACUUGAAAACGAAUGUAUAAUUUAUGAUAUCACGAAACGACCACUCAGAUCCUCCAAAGACCAUUGGAGUUCGAAAUUUACAAGAGAAGGACUGUAGGAUAGGGACUUGCUGUACGAUAUUGACGCCUCUUGUAUAACAGUAACAUACAAUCUUCAAAGA